AUGCAACUUCCAUCCCCGAUCAAGAAAAUCCCGGAAAAUGAAGUCCUUUUUGAUGAUUUAUUUGAAAAUUCGGCCAAUUUUCGCGAUUCUUUUAAUUCACCAAUCGCUUUUGACUCAAAUCCACCACAAAACGAGCGAGCUUCAAUCAAUUUGGACAAAACUUUUCGUCAAACCGAUUUCAUUGAACCCGAUGUUGAUAAUCCUCUUGAAGAGAAAUCGAUCUUUGACAGCGUUGAACAAACGAUUCAAUCGGUAAAAGAAAAGGCAUCAACUGGCAAUUAUUUAGAUGAAUUCAAGCUGAGGAAAGUGAUUCGAAUCAAGGGUCGUGUCGUUUUGAGUCCAUAUAAAGGUGAAACGAAAAAACGGCGAAUCGAGCCGAAAAUUGGCGAAUGGUUUAACAAUUUGGAGGAUUUCUCGAUUGAUCAAUUGUAUUUUGUGGCAAAGACGCUCAUUGAAUUACACGAGAAAAAGAAAAUAUGCAAAAUCGUUGGUGAGUUCAAGGCGAGACUU